AUGAAGUUUACAGUUUCUGAGGGCCGACUCUCAGUGAAAUUACCCGGACCCAGUGCAUUUGAGGUCUACUGGGAGGUGCACAAAGGCGGUGUGACAAGAAAAUCCGGAGCACCAAAUCCCAAUGCCACGAAGGUGAAGCUUCCAUUCGCUCUGGACACUUACCGAGUCUAUUUCCCUGGCACGUACAUCCUCGACCACCUAGGGAACUUGAAAUGUGAGAGUGAUGCUGCAGAGCAGGGCGAUGGAGUUCCUCAAGGCUGCAAGGACGUCCCUUCCUGUGUCAGCAGACCCCAAUACGUUCGGGCCAAGUCUCAGAAUUUCCUGGCACCGUCAGAGAUGCCGCAGGAGCCCGUGCUCGAAGCAGCAUCCCACAACCUACCAGAUACUUGGGUUGAUGUGGGAUCUCCGAAGCCCAAAAGGGAAAGGUGCAAGAAGGCGACAUGGAUUGACAAAGUGCAUGAUGGCCGAAGAUGUGCAUUGAGAGUAACUACCUUUUUUUGUUUACUCAAGGUAGAGUAA